CCAAGCCUGUAUGUUGUUUUUUAUUCCCAUUCAGAUUCAAGUUCUGAUGACGGAUCACAUUGUUUGUAACUCUUGGUCUCUUUCCUAUUUUAUGACCACAGAAGACACAAGUUGACCAGCGCACAAGUUGUAUGGACUACAUUUAUGUUGUUUUUUUGUCUUUUUAAGCUUGACAGGCUAUAAACUGUCCUUAUAUGGAAAAGAUCUGUGUGACGAUCCUUCAAAAAUCCUCCUUUUGUGUUUCACGGAAAAAAUAACAGCAUACGGGUUUUGGAACAACAUGAGGGUGAGUAAAUAAUGUGCGAUUUUUCAAGUGAAUGAUAUUAAAAAGCUAAAUUCAUUUCAUUUGGACAUUUUAAAUGCCAUCACUGUAUAAAAUUACACAUAAUCACCAAAUAACGCCCUUUGUCUCUAUGCCACAGAAUGAUCUAAUAGCCAGUCAAAAGGCUAAUUGGAGGACAGGUAGGGUUACAUGUGACAACAAUUAAGCUAAGCUAAAGGCCAACUUUAUGGCCUCUAGCGCUAGAAGUGUCGUGCUAAACAGGGAUAACAAUAACAUCAAGUUCUUUUCUUUGCAUGCUGCCUAAUUGGGGACCAUAUGUUUUGUGAGUAUGUAAAUAAUUUAUUUUCUUUCAUUUCCAUUUAUUUACUAUAUGCUUCAUAUUUAAACAUGUUUUAACUCAUUGUAAAUAAUGCUGGCAGUGUUAUGAUUGUUUUAUUGCUAUGGUUUUGCUAAGGCAUCAACACAAAGAUGAGUGUUUACUUUGCAUGUAACGUCGGACAGAGAGGGAGGCAUAACUGUUUAAACUGGUUUAAUGGAAUACUGCACUUACUCACAGAGGGAAAUUUCCAACUGAGACGGAGAUGGGAAAAUAUUAAUGCAUCGCUAUGGAACUGAGGUGCUCUUAAACUGUUUUAAAAGAAAUAAUAAAAAUAAAAAAAUCUCUUUGAACAAAACCAUCACAUUUAGAGCUUGUUGCAUAAUGAUUACUUUUAACAAUUAAGUUACGAGUUAAUUUUCUUAUCCUAAUUUAUUUUCCAUUUUCACAGUAUUAGGGAAUUUUUUAAUGUAACAAAUGUAGUUUCAUAAAAUCUCCAUGAUAUUGCAAAAGUUUUUUUUUUACCUUCUCUGUCUGAAAUCAGUUGGAGACGUUACAAAAAACGAGCAGGGCUUAAAAAUGUUGUAUUUUGGCAAAUGUAUACAGCUUAAUUUUCAUUAACCUGUCAAAAAUUAGAUAAAUUAAUUCUGUAAUUAAGUCCACAUUUACUACAUGAAUAUGCACAAUCAAAUUAUUUUUUAACACAAUCCCCAAUAAAUUCUUAUUAAAGUAACUCUGUGUCAUUUAGAACAGUUGCCAAUUUUAAUUUGCAUAUAAACAAGAUUUUAAAUAGUUGUGACAUCAGUUAGUUAGUUCAGUGCCUUUAACUUCUACGCUUCUUCACAGCUUUUAGGUGUAAUGGUAAGCCCAGUGCUUGUCACUGUAAUUUGUGGCCUUUUGUGCAUUAACAGCUUCCCAAUAUGCUCAUUACAGACUAAACUAACAGAAGUGAAGACUCCUGCGAGGAGUCUUUGUCAAAUGGUGUAAACUCUAACACCUCCACAACGCACUAAUAAAAAUAUGCAUGCAGAUCCCUUCAUUUUCUUUUUCUCUCAUUAUAAUUAAGUAGACGUCACCACAUUUAGUUUUGUUUAUUUAUUUAUUUUCUUCUGAAAUAAUUAAGUGUACAAAACAAACAUGUUUAUGUAUUGGAUUUUAUGACAAAAUUGAAUGCAAACAUUUUGAAUGUAUUCUUACUGAAAUGUAACAUAAAUUUUAUCUUUUUUUUCUGCUUGUAUUUUGAGAAUGAACUGAUCUGAUGAGUAAAUAUGUCAACAAAAAAAAAGUUUUUAAUGUGCAGUAGUUUUCUUUUUAAUAAAAACUGUCCAUAUGUAGCAUUGACUCAUUUGUUCUAAAACAGAACGUUAUGAAAUAAAGUGUUAAAACAGAAUAAUUCACAUUUUCCACUUAUAGUAGGCUACUCCAGUCUCUGGUAAUGAUAAUAAAAAAUAAUCAGUGUUCAUGUCUCUUCUCAAGAUCUCUUGAGAUUCUCUCUGCUUGAGAUUGUUAAACAAUUCACAUUAAUUGUGCAAGAGCAGCGCCUUUGUCCAAUUGGACAAAGACUUUUUUUCUAUCUCCUCUACUGACCAGUUGAGAAGCUCAGCGUAUACAAGCCCCGCCCCUUCUGAAGGCGUCAUUUACUAAUAUGGUCACUAUAUCCUUAUAUGCAGUGUGGUGGGCGGAGCUCCGGUAACCACGGCUGUUUAGUGUCACUUUCACCGAAUUCUUAACUACGGUUCUCAGAGAUGAAUCAGACAGCUGGCGAGUGAAACACGCUGAAUCUCCUCUUGUAAACAGAACCUACAAGUUUUGACGGAUUAUUUAGCGACUUUCCUGGUACAAAGAACUGUCAUACGGAAAGAAUUGUUAGCGUUUAUUCAUUCUUAUUUUAUUUACAUGUUUUGUUUUUUUUCGCAAUAAUAUUUCGCGUGCGCUCUUGUUUGGACGAAGAUUACGAUUUGGUACCAUAUCAGUAUGAUGAUCGGAAAGCGCUCUUUGUUUUGUCUUUUCCUUUAAAUAGCUAAUAAUACCUACGAUCGCGACAGCAAAACUUCACAAGUGGGAUUUCGAGAAGAUCGUGAAGUUUCAAACGGAUGGUCUUCUCCUGUUCGCUCGGACAUUAUCGCGCAAAAUUGACAGUAUCCGGAGCUUCCCAAGAUGAACAUGCAUUCGGGAUUUUUCUCACAGUAAUUAUGCCACCUUCUUGUUUACUUUGUAAAUAUUCCGAUACCUCCUCUGAGUAGAUAAGUAAAGUUUUGUCGUAGGAAGAUCUCGGAGGUGAGAUCUCCUCAAGCGUCCUUCAGGAUCGUUUGAACUCUCCUCCCCGCUGGAAACGAGUCGCAUUGUAUCGGUCGUUACCACAGAAAGUGUUGCGGGAUAGCAUGGCAAUGGUAGUAAAUCAGUGGCAAGAGAACAUUUCGGCUGAUCCCGGCUCCCAGCUGCAAAUGUGCAGUCAGGAGCCCGGCGGGACACCGGGAACUCCCUCUGGUUCAACCCCGGGCAACGACGCGCUCUCCGGGGACAAAAUUCCCAACGUGGACUGCAUGGUGUGCGGGGACAAGUCCAGCGGCAAACACUACGGCCAGUUUACCUGCGAGGGCUGCAAGAGCUUCUUCAAGCGCUCGGUCAGACGGAACCUGAGUUACACCUGCCGGGGGAACCGCGACUGUCCCAUCGACCAGCACCAUCGGAACCAGUGCCAGUACUGCCGGCUGAAGAAGUGCUUGAAGGUCGGAAUGAGGAGAGAGGCUGUGCAAAGGGGUCGUAUGUCCAACUCGCAGUCCAGCCCAGGACAGUACCUGAGCAACGGGAGUGACCCAUACAACGGGCAGCCGUAUCUCUCAGGCUUCAUCUCUCUGCUCCUACGGGCUGAGCCGUACCCCACGUCCCGCUAUGGAGCCCAGUGCAUGCAGUCCAACAACCUAAUGGGCAUUGAGAAUAUCUGUGAAUUGGCCGCCCGUUUGCUCUUCAGCGCUGUGGAGUGGGCGAAGAACAUCCCUUUCUUUCCUGACUUGCAGCUCAUGGACCAGGUGGCGCUCUUACGUAUGUCGUGGAGUGAGCUGUUCGUUCUAAAUGCUGCUCAGUGCUCUAUGCCGCUGCAUGUAGCGCCCCUGCUGGCCGCUGCUGGUCUACAUGCCUCCCCCAUGUCAGCCGAAAGAGUGGUGGCCUUCAUGGACCACAUACGUGUCUUCCAAGAGCAGGUGGAGAAACUGAAAGCCCUGCAGGUAGACACGGCCGAAUACUCCUGUUUGAAGUCCAUCGUACUCUUCACCUCUGAUGCCAUGGGUCUGUCUGAUGUGGCCCAUGUGGAGAGCAUCCAGGAAAAGUCCCAGUGCGCUCUUGAGGAGUACGUGCGGAACCAAUACCCCAAUCAACCCAACCGAUUCGGCCGCCUGUUGUUACGGCUACCCUCCCUGCGCAUCGUUUCUUCUCCUGUUAUCGAACAGCUGUUCUUCGUGCGACUGGUAGGCAAAACGCCCAUUGAGACCCUGCUGCGGGACAUGCUGCUUUCCGGCUCCAGCUACAACUGGCCUUACAUGCCCGUCCAGAGAGACCGGCCCAUCUCACUCCAUUACAACGAGAACGGGCCCUGAUCCCACCCCCAUAAUCCAUAUCACACCCCCGCUGCCAUGGGGUCAUGGCCGAUACAGGGAAUCUGUCAGCAAGCCACGCCCCUUUCUGCCACAUCAUCACCUGCUCACUUACCUGAAGCACCAGCCGUUUGUUCCGUCAAGGGGAAUGGACCACAGCACUCAUAUAGACACCAAACUGUUUCCUACAGAGGUUUUCUAUGAACGAGGACUGAACGAGAACGUCCAUUCCUGAUUUUGACUCAACCAGAAGCCAUUAAAGCUGAUGCCAAAACUUUAUUAGAACAGCUAUUAGAUGGACCUCGAAAACCACUUGUAUUAAUGGGAGAGUCAAGAUUUUGUCUGUUUGGUUGGGGGUUUGUAUUUCACCCCAAAUACAACCAAGAGAAGGACUCAUUGGAGGACUCAUUGGAGAGAAAGCCAUUGCCAAAGUAGGACAGGCAACUGAACUCUCGGGAGCAUUUUGUGGAACUGAUGACUGAGGUGAAAUUUUGUUUGUCUUGUUGAUUUUUGCGUUUAGGUCUCUGUUGAGGUGAGAAGACUUGAAAGAGGCACUUGAAACCAGCCAGAUAACCCUCACUUUCCGUGCUUUUCUCAGCUGCAUCCAAAUAAUCAGCACAUCUAGACAGAAUGUUGCCGUGUCAAGCACAACAUGCGUCUUGUUAAAUACAGGAAUUUAUCUCCUGUAGCUUCAAGAAAAACACUAGGGUAAAAUAGGGUAUUCUGGGACAUUUGGGAAUGUCGGGAAAGCUCCGAUGUGUCCAAGCCAACAAAGUCUAUGCUAACUGUACCAUGUAUGUUUGAUUAUGUAAAGUGUUGAGGUGGCAGUCAAACAUGCAAAAAUGACCCAGAUUAUCCCAAUUCACCCGACAAACUCGAGACCUCAAUUAUGCCAAUAGUCUGCCUUUGAUGACCAGGUAUAUUGUGUAGCAUACUGUAGGUUUCAUCAAGUAUUUUUGUUACUUUCUUGCUCGUUUGAAUAUGUUUAAACCCCAUUGUCACAUUUUUUAACAUGGCACUACAGCUUUUAAGGCAGCAUUUGGAUAUAAAAGCCAUUGGACCUUUGAAAGCAGGACCUGUUGUAUUAGUUCACAGAAUAUUUCUAUCAAAAUAUGUUUUCUGUAUUUUAGGUUUGAAGAAAUUAAAUAAUGAAAUAAAAGUCUGUCAUUCACAGAA